AUGCCGCGCCUUCCCGUGGUUUCCAUGGAGGACUUGGAUCUAUUUCCUCAAAAUAUUCUGAAACUUCGAUAUCCACUCGAUCGACGAAUUGACACCACUGAAAUUGAUGAGGUAAGCUGCACAAUCUUGCAAGAAAAUCGUGUGUAAUUCAACACAAAAAUUUUGAUGUAGGAGUAUUAAAAAAAUUUACUGCAAAUUUAAAAUCGGCUUUACAGUUUAGCUUCAAUCAUGUACUACUUUUUAGUCCGAAUGCAUACUUAUUUUGUAAAAUACGUGUCCUCAAUCCAUGUUUCCAAUUUUAAGUUUCUCCGCCAACAUGAUCCAAUUUGGUGGUCUCGAUUGGUGAUCGCUGCUCGUGGCUUCUUGGUGAACAUGCAGGAUUACACCGAAGAGCAGAUCUUCAACUUGGACGAUGCGUUUAUCGAAAUCCAUCGGGUUUUUGUAGCUAAAAAUACCAUUCCUACCCCGCUCAGAGUAUGAUUUUUAUAUUUAUAUUAUCAAUUCAUUAUGUCUAAUCAUCUUAUGUCAUCAUUUUUCAGUUCAUCCAAAACCUCAACACUUUAUAUUCUGUUCCAAAUUACCUUGAGGUUCUCCAACGGCUGGACCCGAGCAAGAAUGGAUACCUGGAAGAGAAUCCAUUCGAAUUUGAGCCGCAGAGAUCGGCGUUUACGCAAAUGUUUGGGUCGCCGGAGAGAUAUCAGAACCUAGGAGUAGCAAAUAGUCAAAAGCUGGCGUACGAUGUCUUCUUCAGGCUGCUAAAAUUGUGCUUCGAAAGGUUCAGAGAUCCCAAUUCGACGGUUAGAAAAGGAAUUAAAUUCAGUACGGUGAGUUUUGUGAGGAUUUAAAAAAAAGGUCGAGUUUGUGCGGCAUGUCAAUUUCUGAAAAUUUUUGCUUGCGCUUUGCAGGCAACGUCGAGAUACUAAACGAUAUUUAGUGUCGAGAGAGUAUGCAAGACGCGGAGGGCGGUCAAAUAUCAAUUUUUUCCAUUUUUGGCAGAAAAUUCUCGGUCGUUUCUGCAAAGGAUAAACUAGCAAUCUCACAUAGGUCUUCUUGUUAUGAAAAAUCACUCUAAAUUCUCGCCCGAUUUUAUCGAAAUGAACGUCACGCUUGGAGUACUGCUCCUGGCCGUUAGUUUUGUUGUAUACUAUGUAGGGGUUCCACUGUAUGAAGGAAUCCCAUGCUUUUUCUAAAACGAGCUAGUUUGCAGUGCCCAAUGCGAAGCUUGAAUCUUCAUGUCUCCCGUUAAAGUCCCUGCACAGCUCCUUCGAAAAGCCAUUUUCCCGGCUUGAGUGGCGUUCUGAUUUAUCGUUUGUUUUCGUGACGGGACGCAAUGAUAAAUUCGGGGCGAGGUUUUCUCUUUUCAAAAUAAAUCAAUUUUUCAUUUCAGGACCCAGAAUGGCAACCCGAUAAUCGGGUGGUCCUUUUCCAAUCAUUUGGUCAAAACAAUCGUACCUGGGUGCUGACUGAUUUCGACCGUCAUAUAAUCUCCCAUUGGCGGCCGAAUGGAAUUCAAAUAAUCUUUGGCGACGCUUAUUUGGAGAAGAAACAUCGUGGUGGCUUCAAUUUGUGUGACUUUUGUGGAAUGCUGGAACAAGCAGUCGGUCAAUUUCCAGUCUACCAAAAGCAUCGGUAAGAGACAGCCAGUAGAUUUAAAAAAUUAUUUUAACAGUUUCUGCUCGGAACAAUGCUUUGCCUACUUGUUGGACGGCAAGAAAUAG